AUGUUUGGAGAUGGAACUUUUGUUUCCUCCAUAGCUGUUGGAAAUUUUGUACCUGAAGUUUCUUAUUUUGGUUAUGCAAAGAAAACUGCCAGAGGUAUUGCUUGGCGCACAAGAUUAGCAAUGUACAAAGUUGUUCGGAAUGAGGAAUUUGUUUUCUCUGUUGUUCUUGCCGCCAUAAAUCAAGCCAUUAAUAAUGGCAUUGACGUGAUUUGUGCAUCGUUUGGCAGUUUGGAUACAUUGAUAAAUCAUAAAAAUGCUCUGGCAAUCGCUUCAUUCCCUGCCAUGGAGAAAAGGAAUUCUGGUUGUUUGUUCAGCAGGAAAUGCGCUUGGAAUCCAAAAGUAGAAGCAUCUAGGAUGGGCUUGAAUAUGCCUUUGUAUGAAGAUUAUGCAGUGAAGUCUGCUACAUCCAUAGCUUGUUCUGUUGUUGCGGGUGCAGCAGCACUUUUGAAAGCCAAAUAUCCAGAAUGGAGUCCUUCUGCAGUUAGAUCUGUAAUAAUGACCACAGCAAACCCUUUGGAUAAUAGUUUGAAGCCAAUUAAAGAUGAUGAUUUUUUGGCUGAAUUUGCUAUCCUUAUAAGGCAUUUGAUCCAGGUUUAA